AUGGAUUUAGAUGAAAAAAGUCGAAUAAAUAAAAUAUUUAUGGCAGAUGUUAGGAGUAAGGUUGCAUAUGAGGACUUUGGUGAUGUUGUGACAUUUGACACAUCUUAUCUAACAAAUAAAUAUGACAUUCCCUUUGCUACAUUUGUGGGGGUCAAUCAUCAUGGCCAAUCAACAUUUUUAGGAUGUGUGUUGCUAUCGAAUGAGGAUACAAAUACUUUUGUUUGGCUUUUUAAAUCUUGGCUUGCAUGUAUGUCCAAUUGUUCUCCAUGUGCAAUAAUUACUGAUCAAUAUAAGGCAAUGCAGAAUGCAAUUGAGAUCACAUUACCUCAUACUAAACAUCGUUGGUUCUUGUGGCAUAUCUUGAAGAAACUGCCAGAAAAAGUGAAAGGGUACACUCAAUACCAUUCUAUCAAGUCUUCUUUAUCAUGUGUUGUUUAUGAUUCAAUAACAAAAAAUGAAUUUGAAGAAUGUUGGAAUGAAAUCAUUGAAAAUUUUGCAAUAGGGGAUGAUACCAAGUGCAAUAUUGUGUUGGAGAUGAUACAUCAUCUUAAGACAAAGUUACUACAAGUUGAUGAUGUUUGUGAAAAAAAGGAGGAGACCAAAUCACAUGUUGGAUUUAGUAAUGAGAUUUCACAGGGUUGUAGGGUUCAUGACCCAUGUAUAGUUAGAAGUAAGGGUCGUCCACCAAUCAAGAGAAAACAAUCUAAAGUUGAGCAAAUCAUUAGGAGAAAAAGACAGAAAAUUCCUCAUGUGGACUCAAAAGGCCAAAACACAAAGAAGGCCUCCAAGAAAAUAAUAAGCAAUGAAAUGGAAAAUAUUAGUGAGAUUAGUCCAAUGAAUGAUGAUCAUUAUUAG